AUGGCUCUUUUUUAUGAUAGUACACCAACCAUAGCUUUAGAAAAGAAACUUACUAAUCUUUUCAAGAGUGGUCACUUACAGAUAAUACAUGUAAACUAUUUCGGUCCCAAAGACGUUGAUAUAGAAAAACAAAUAAAACAUCCUUUUGAAAAGGUCUUAUUCGAUGCUCUUCCGAAAAGAGACAUGAUGAUGGAUGAAUCGAUUGAAUCUUACCCGAUAAAAAACUUAUGGUCUAACAAGUUACGUUAUACCAGGUUGCUCAACCGUGUGGUUACUGUACUUUUAAGAGUACACUUGGCUCCUAAAAGUGAACGAUUAAGACGAGAAAAGAAAGGUAAACAAUCCACAGAAAGCCUCACUGGAUCCUUCAAAAUGUCUUAUAAUAGAAGAAAAAGGCUAUUUAGAAAUGAAAAUAUAAAGCAUGAAAAACAUCUUCAAAAGGUACAAAUUGGCAGAUUAAACGAGAACAAGUGGCUAUCCAAAGUUCAAAAAAGUGAUAUGCACAUUGCUAAAUAUAAAGAAUUAUUACAGAAGGAGCGAACUACUGUCAAUCCUAGAACUACAUUACCAGCAAUGUCAGAUGGUGAUGAAGCAGCUACUCUUGAAAUUGCAGCUGUUGUACAUCCUAUAGCAGCUCAGGAAGUAAUAGUGCUUGAAGACGAAGUAAUUUGA